ACGGGAGGAAGAGCGGGUUGUUCCAGUCGAAGCAUGGUGGCGGAGAUGGCGAGCUGCGGGGCGGCUUGUCAUCUGGAAGACGGAGACGAAGAUGUUCCUGUGCUGGAACACAAAGAUAAUCUGUCAGAAAGUGACAGCAGCAGCUCAGAAAACACCGGGACGUCUGCCGAGGACAGCUCUGAGGAAGAGGAGGAGGAGAAGAAGGGGGAGGACGACUCUGACUGCAAAAAGACCAAAUCAGAAGAAAGUAAAAAAAGUACUGAACCAGAAGCGGCAGCUUUAAAUGGGAGAGAUGACAGAUCCAAGUUAUGCUGUGAAAAAUGCAAAGCCAUUCUCCAGGUGAGCUCAGAAAAAAGUCUGCUGUCAGGGAGUGACAGGCACACGUUUGAAGUUACCACGGUGACCAAAAUUUGCUACUAG